AUGCUACGCUCAUUAUGGGCGUCCAGGGCGCCGCUCGCGUCCUGGCUGCCCCGACGACCACUGACUGCCGGCCUCUCGCGCGCUGCCGCCUCGCCAGCAGCAACGCCCUCCACAUUUUACGUCCGGAUCAAGUCCGGCCGUAGGUGGCGGAAUGCGGCCAUUGGCGCGGGCGUCAUAUACAUGUGCUGGUCGGCCUACUUUACGCGUGUGGUCCUGCCGCCGUUUGCCGACAUGAUCGACGACGAGGACGCGCAGCCCAUAUUCUUUCCGCUGCCCUUUACGUUCCAGGUCGUGGAGUCGCGGCCGUACAAGGGCACGGACCCCGAGUGGCAGACAUACAUCCGCAUCGCACGCGACCGCGAGCUGCUCUUGAAGAUCCGCAACGACAUGCUCGAGACGGUCCGCGCCGCGGCCGAAGCGAACCCGGUUCUGCGGCAUCGCUGCGGCCAUGGGAUGACGGUGCGCAAGCACUGGCUCGACGUCGACUUUCCCUACCGCCCGCCACCCAAGAUCACGCGCGACGGGCUGAUGCUGACGGCCGACGGCCUGGACUACGUCACGGCCGAGGUGGACUCGGUCACCAUGAUGCGCAUCUCGCGGGCGCUGUGGCCGGAGCCCGUGGCGCUGUCGGCGACGUCGUUUGUGACAACACUGGCCCGCCAGAACAUGCAGAACGUGGCGCGCUUCUUUGGCUUUGGCGAGGAGCCAAAGACCAGCCCCAGCUCCAAAUUUGCGAUUCCCCCCCCCGAGGAGAUGGCGCGGCUCACCGAGAAGCUGAAGCGGAUAUCCGACGACAUCAACAGGGAUGUGUCGCGGGCCAAGCGCGACGGGUUCGGGGAGGGCGACAAGGACCGCAAGGGCGAUAAGGAGGACAAGGACCUCAAAGGAAAUGGCCAGGCGGCGCCCGGCACGACACCUGGGCCCCUCACCAGCACGGGCUUUGACUCGCACUCGCCGCCUCUACGCCGGCCGCAGCCUGCCGGUCGGCCAGAGAAGCGGCCCGCCAACUGGGACGAGCUGUCCGACCUCCUCCGCGCCCGGGACAUGAUCCCCUUCCAGUCUGUGCGCGCCAGCAUCGAUGCCUCGUGGCGUGCGUUCCGCCAGAAACUGUCCGAGACGUGGCUGCCGCUGCGGCCACAGCCACCGGGCGGCAGCGUCGGCGUGUCCGGGCUCGUGGAGCUGCAGUCGCCGACGUCGCGCAUUAUGAUUGCGGUGUCGGCGUACUGGGAUCCCAAGACGCGCAAGUACGACACGCAGACGAUGCACUUGAAACUGCGCAGCAUCCGCCCGCUGCACCAGAUGCCGCUGUAG